AUGUCAAGCCAGAAACAAUUUGACAGACAGACAAGCUGUCCAGAAACAGCAAGGACCUCAUCAUAUUUUGACCAAUGGAGGUAUAAUCAGCCUGUAGACGUCAAUGACCCCAUGUCUAUAAAACGUAACUUUGAUCGCAGAGAAACACUGGAUUCUAUUUGGAAAAGCAGAGAUAGUAUAUGUGAAGACAUUGGAAGUUUGGACGACGACGACGAAGAAAUUGAAAGUAAACAAACAAAAGAAUUCUGUACACAAUUUAGUUUGUUAACAUCCCCUAUAGAUAAAUAUGAAAAACACGAGCACAGUUACGUCAAUAAUAUAUUCAAGGAAUCGGAACUUAAUCAACACGACGCUUUCAUGUCCGCAUUUGGAAAAAAAGGAAGGGAGGUUGGUGAAUUUCAAGAUGCCAAGGAUAUCACAACUGUUUCAGACGGAGAUCUGCUUAUUUCUGAUUUAAUCAACGACCGUGUACAAAUUUGCAGUCACCGUACUGCAUCCGUUACCAUAUUUGCACCAGACGAAAUAAAACAGCCCUGGGCAACAGCAGUUACUCCAGACGGCAAUAUUGCGGUGACGUCAUGUAAAGAACGAUGCGUGAAAUUGUUAAAUAUGAAAGGGGAAUACAUCUUUGACUUUGGUCACAGAUAUUUUGUUCGCCCAACUGGCCUUGCUGUCGACAGCAAAGGUAAUUUCAUUAUAUGUGAUUCAGUGAUAGAUAAAGUAUCAAUGUUUGACAGAAACGGAAAUUUUAUUCGCUUUCUUGGAAAUUCAUUUAUACUUGAGGAGUGUUUUAGUUCGCCGCGUUAUGUAUGCGUUUCAAAAACCGGCGAGAUAAUCGUGUCCGACUGCGGACAUCACAAGAUCAAAGUAUUUGACCCAGAAGGUCAUUUUAUACGGUCUUUUGGGUCGUUUGGAAAAGGAGAGCAACAAUUUAAAUGCCCGUAUGGUGUCAGUACAAACAAAUACGGUGAUAUAUUUGCAGCCGACCAUUAUAAUAGCCGGAUAUCCUUGUUUUCACGUGAUGGGAUAUUCAUACGUCAUGUCGUGACGUCAGAACACGGACUGGUUCAUCCGCAAGGUCUAAAUAUAAGCUCUGAUUUGCACAUGUAUAUUUCUCAUGGCCAUCUUAAGGCGAACGAAAUUCUUGUGUACAAACUUACUGAUUGUUUAAAUUAUGAAUAUUCU